AUGCCUUUACUGGACGAAAAGUACACCACGGAACCGGAGGAAGCUGUCUUAUUGGAGCCUUCCAAGAAUGGGCGGUGCUGGACUGAGCUCAAGAGUGUAGGGAUGCUCAAGUGGGGCAAAAGGAAGAAAGCUCAGUUCCUGAGAAACGAUGAGGUGGAAGAUAUGAAGCUAGAUCAGUCGUCACGUGAGGAGAUGACGGAGACACGGAAGCGGAAGCGAGCAGUUGCUGGCUGUGGUGAGAAGACGACGAAGAAGAAGAAAAAGACGAAGGACUUGAAUUAUAGAUGGUCGAAAGAGAGGUAUAAAAUGGCGGAGAUCAACAUGUUGAAGGUAUUGAAGGAGAAAGAAGCGGUGUUCGGGAAACCGAUAUUGAGGCCGGCGUUGAGAGCGGAGGCGAGGAAAUUGAUUGGCGAUACCGUUCUGUUGGAUCAUUUGCUGAAACACAUGGCCGGGAAGGUGGCGCCAGGGGGAAAAGAGAGGUUUCGCAGGAGGCAUAACGCCGACGGAGCAAUGGAGUACUAUUUGGAGAGCGCUGAUUUGGUUAAUAUUAGGAAAGCGGCCGGUGUUGACGAUCCUUAUUGGAUUCCGCCGCCGGGGUGGAGCCUCGGUGAUAAUCCAACUCAGGAUCCUGUUUGUGCUAUGGAGUUCAAGCGGCUCAAGAAAGCCAUGGCCAAAAUGGAGAGGGACAUGCAGGAGCUCUUGUUAAAGAAGCAAGACGAUGACAUGGCAGUUGUGAAUACUCCAAGUUCUUGUGUUACCAGUCAGAACUUCGAUCAUGAUAAUUUCUUGCUUCCAUUGAAGGAGAUAUAUGCGGAUUUGAUGAAUAAGAAAGCUAAAAUUGAAGAACAAAUGAUGGAAGUUUCACAUUCUCUAUGUGGAAUGGAGGUCCUCAUAGAGAAGGUGAAAUCAUCACUGGAGGAGCCAAAUAAAGUAGAACUGCAUGUGGGAUCAACAAUGCCAUCAUCAUCCUCAGGAAAUGAGAAGAAGACAAAAGAAGAGGAGCCGAAAAUGAAAGAACAAAUGGGAAAUGUGUCGAAUGAAAAACAAGAAAAUGACAAGACAGCUACAGUACCACCUGCAGAUACAGCAAAAAGGAUAAAGCCAGAAGACAAAGCCGCAAAAAUAGAAAGGCUAAAGAGCGGCUUCAGGAUAUGCAGGCCCCAGGGGAGCUUUCUGUGGCCAGACAUGGCAAUGUCUCCCGAUCAGGCUAAAGAUGUGGUCCCUCUUGAAGAUCUCUUUAUGGUUCCAACACCUCCCUCAGUCUCCUCGUCCUCCAACUCACCACCACGCCUACUUCCAUCUCCCGGCCUGCCUAAUUUGGGAAACCAUUCAAUAUCCCUUGUCAAGCCACUGCCUGAGAGGCGCCCCAUUGCUGUCACUUUGACUAAUCAUCCUCUUCCUCCGGAAACCACCAAAUGA